UCGACGGAAGAUGGCCGUCGCGUGCCGAUUGUUGCUCUGAUUGUUUAUUACGAUUUUUAAAGUUUUUAUCUAAUAAACACGGAUUAUUAUCAGUGAACUUCGUGAUCAAGUUGUUUAAUAACACAAUACGCGUGUGUUUUGUGAGUUUUCAAAGUGUUUUAAAUAGUUUUUCUCUCAAAAAGUGCGACAACUUAAGUGCAAGUGAAGCGACCAGUUUUCUAAAAGUGAUUUUAUAGAGGAAUGUUGUGAUAAAAUUGAGUGUGUAGUGAGUUGAAGGGCAAAGUUUCGACCGGGAUUAGCUGCAUUUAUUCUAAAAGAUGGCGCGUUCUACAUAAGAUGUAGCUCUGUCCUACUCUUAUACACCAUGGUCAAGAUGAGUAGGAAGGAGAUGGGGAAACAGGACUCCGGCUGGCGGAGAGUGUGUGCGGUGUUGUGUGUGCUGGUGUUGUGUUGUGAGUGUGUGUGUGGGAAGCAGAUGAGCGAGACGCUGCAGAGGGCGCUGUCGGCUGUCAGAGGUCCCAGUCCUGGUGCCAAGAAGCUGCUCAACAUACCUGAGGAUGGAGCGGACCCCUUACCCGGCAAGCAUGUACCACUUGAGAGCUACGAGAGCGAGUUGGAACGAGAGCACGCGCUGCCGACGUCCGUCCCCAACGCAGACAUACUCAAGACUAACAGCAAUCCCACCUAUCACAAGCCCAGGCCCCCCGCACACCACGGCGCGGCGCUGCUGGCCGGCGUGGGCGCGGUGCCGUCGUACGCGCCGCCCGGCCGCGCGUUCUUCACGCCGCCGCUGCCACCCGAGUACCGCAACCCCUUCGCUGAUAAGCCGACACUCAGAGGCACUAACACAGAUGGGAACAGCUACCUCAACCGGCGGCCCAUCCCCCCUCCUUCCCUCGGACCUGGACACGAGAGGAUCCCCAUCAGACCUCCUGGACAGGAAACCUCCUCUCCGCAAGUGCCUGCGCCCCCGCCCGCGCCGCCCCUGCCGCCCGUGGGACUCGAGCCGCAGAAGAAAAAGGCACUCAACACCCCUAGCUAUAAGCCUGACGAAUUAGACGACAAGCACGGCACAGAUCAAGCCAACUUCACGGACUUCGUGCCCAACUCCCUCAACAUACCUACAAUCUCAAGGAUACUCUCCGGCUCCAACGGAAGGAAAGAGGACAUACCGGAUGUCCUCCUCAGAACAGUCACCGCAAAGCCACAGCACAAUCAAGAGAAAACCUCAAAAAGUGAUAUUUACGUUACUAAAGACGCUGGUGUUACUCUCAGUGAUUCAAAUGCAAAUAGGGACACUUCAACUGAAGGUGCUUUAGCAGUUCUGGACCCUGAAAUGAACAAUUUAGAUAGGCCCCUUAUUAUAGAUCAAAAUGGAGAAACGAACACAAGAAGGAACUUACAAUACGCGACGAAUAAACAACCAGAUAGAAAUGAUAGCAGAAGAGAUGAAUACAUGCCGGCAACAACGGUAGGCUUCGAGCUGAGCGAUCCAGAAAUGUCAACCGAAAGAUAUCAUAAUCUGGCAAACGUUAAUUCUGAUAAGAAAAUCCUUAUAAUCAAAGACGAUAACAAAAGUAGCGGACCGGUUCAAAGACCAGGAGUGACCUGGCCGUUUGCUUGGAAUGUCCACAUUUAUUCAGCUACCGGCAUGUUUACUCUUCUAGCUGUUUUCUCCAUCUUCAAGAUCAUUCGCUACAAUAAGUUCACUCAUCUCUUCACACAGUACUACUUCAUUAUUCUCCAUCUAAUCCUAGUGUUCGUCUGCCUCAUGAGAAUUUUCUACAUGUGCUACGAUCCGUACAAUAUCAAUAAUUCACUGCCAGUAUUCAUCAGCGAGAUUCUUCUCCACGUUCCGGAGAUAUUCCUCAGCAUAGCUUUCGCUUGCACGAUCCUGUUUCUCCUCACGAAUAGCAUUAAUUUUAAGACCACCUGUUGUGCGUUUCUAUUUCGUUCUAGAACGAUCAUAAUAGGUGGUAGCUUGCACCUCUUGUCCUGUGUAAUGUUGCAUAUCCUCGAAAAUAGUAAUACAAUUAUUAGGACUUCUCAGGGAGUCGAAAAAAGGGUACUAGGUCUAACUUGUCAAAUUAUAUUUAUAUUGGCGUGCCUGACCCUCGGGCUUUGCUACCUCUACGUGUACAAAAUGCUCAAAUCGGUGUUACAGAAGAAGAGUCACACAUACAUUCACGGGUUCCAAAACUUGUAUCAAGCUAUCCAUAUAAAUCUAGCCACGGCGUUGCUAUUCGUUCUAAUGGCCACACUACAAAUUUACGGAAUCUUUGGUAUCAAUCAGGUCAAUAUGACCAAAUUCGACUGGCUGCAAUGGGGCUAUCAGUUCUCGCUACGAUUAAUCGAGAUCAGCGUGGUAGCUCUUAUUUCGUGGGUGAUUAGUCUGAAAGUUGGUAUCGUGGCUUCUUUACAACACGAAAAAGCUGACGGGCAAAAAAUAUCUGGAUUAGGCCUGUUCCCUUGCGCGGCUGGAUCUAGUAAUGAACAAUUCGAAUCGGACUAUCCAGCUAUUUGUAAUACAAACACCAAUCUCCACACGUACACCCUAAGAACGGGGAAGCCUAUUUACGAAACCGCUGGGCAUCAUCCCAAUAUACCGGAGCAAUGUUGCGUCGGGCCAGUCGAUCAUCAGAGAUUCCAGUUAAACACGUUGGCUGGCAACUGUGACACCAAUUCGGGAACUGAAAACUAUUCUGGGCACAGCUCGAUCGCAAAUGCUGGCCACAGCAGUUCCACGGAAUCCAGUAACGCCACUUCGAGCCAAGGUGUGACCAACCAUUUGAUCAAACAUCAUCCCAACCACGCGUACAAUGGUAUCGAAUCUGCUUCGGAUGACCACUAUUCAAACUGCGAUCCCGCCAUGCAAUCCUUGCAAGGUGACGAUCCGCUAGACCAUGAAUACAACGUCAUCCAAUACGGCAGCAAUAGCGACUUCAUUCGGGACAUCAAAAACCAGAACUACAACGCUGGUUCCAAUCGAAGUUCGCACAACUUCAAACACAUGUCGUACGACAGAGUGUCGUCAAGAACGAACAGCAACCCUCGGAAAAAGCACCGAGCGAAGAACAAGAACGUCCAAAACUGCAUGACAAUGGGUUAUGAUCCCUCGAUGAGUCACCACUACCAUCAGCCCCAUAUACCAGACGAGUACGGCAACUACAACGCCGAGAACUCGUCCUACCACGCGACUGGUAUACAGACUCUGAAUCCCAACAGAAGUUACGAGGGUCCCUGUCAGCAAGUAAGGACCUCGCAGCGACGUAACUCCCCUUCCACGUCGAUGGUGAAUUCGAGUGGAAGUCAGAAACGUGGUAAGGGAAACGGGUUCCCCGAUAGACCAAAGUCGACAGACUUGUACGGUUUUACCGAGGACCCUAACGAGAGGAACUAUCCAUGCGCUUUGUCGACUCCCCAGCCAGCGCCAAGGAACUGUAGUUACGAGGCGUCCUAUUCCCAGCCUCAGGAUGAAAUCAACCCCGAAACGGGGGGUAGUAUGCUAGUUGCGCAGGACGGUUUCGUGAGGUUUAGACCCUUGGAAGACGGGCCCUCGCAAACCUGAUUCACCAUUAAUCUGUCGUCCGCGGCAGAAGAUCUAAGCUUUUAACCAACGGCAGAAUGCCGUCGUGUGACCAUGCUUUAUCAGGGCCCGCGCAAACUAAUCGAAUUUGGACGUACGUUUCGUCAUGUUUGAAUAAAGAACCAUGUUUCCCGUACCGACAGAUCGGUGCGGGUAAAUAGGAAAAGAAAGAAAAAAGAAAAGUGUUUAUUUGGUGCCACAGAAAGUACAGAUAAAAUAUUAAUAUAAAAUAAAUAUUCGCUCGAUAUAAGAUGCGUGGUGUGUGGUACCAAAAUGGACUCCCCAGUCCCCACUCUACCAAAAAUAGCCCCAUCUUAUGAGCUUAUGAGCUCUCCAUAAAGAGACAGGUAAUACGUAUAACAUAACAUAAGGCUAUUUUACCCCUACCCGACCUGUUGGUACUGGAAACCAUAGUAUAACCGUUAUAAACUUGUAUCCAGCCAGUAACGGUUAUUAAGGUGCAUGACACGGGUCUGCCCGAGAAAUUCAAAUUUAAUCUGGUUUUUCGCAAUUUGUAAACUAAUACAGCAAAGUAGGC